GACUGCGCUAUUUGUUUCUGGAAACUACUGUUCUGGCCGCUUUCCCUACACAGGCUGAUUGUUUUACCGUUGGCGCCAUGUCUGUGAGCGAGAUCUUCGUGGAGCUGCAGGGCUUUUUGGCUGCUGAGCAGGACAUUCGAGAGGAAAUCCGAAAAGUUGUACAGAGUUUAGAACAAACAGCUCGAGAGAUUUUAACUCUUCUGCAAGGGGUCCAUCAGGGUGCUGGGUUUCAAGACAUUCCAAAGAGGUGUUUGAAAGCUCGAGAACAUUUUGGUACUGUAAAAACACAUCUAACGUCUCUGAAGACCAAGUUUCCUGCUGAACAGUACUACAGAUUUCAUGAGCACUGGAGGUUUGUGUUGCAACGCUUGGUCUUCUUGGCAGCAUUUGUUGUGUAUUUGGAAUCAGAAACACUAGUGACUCGAGAAGCGGUUACAGAAAUUCUUGGCAUUGAACCAGAUCGGGAGAAAGGAUUUCAUCUGGAUGUAGAAGACUAUCUUUCAGGAGUUUUAAUUCUUGCUAGUGAACUGUCGAGGCUGUCUGUCAACAGCGUGACGCGGCCCCUUCACAUCUCCACCUUCAUCAGUGAGCUGGAUUCUGGUUUCCGCCUUCUCAACCUGAAGAACGAUUCUCUGAGGAAGCGCUAUGAUGGCUUGAAGUAUGACGCGAAGAAAGUAGAGGAGGUGGUCUACGAUCUCUCGAUCCGUGGCUUCAAUAAGGAAAUGGCAGCUGCUUGUGCAGAAAAAUAGGAGGCUUUCCCCUGUUCCUGCCCUCAUUUACCUCAGUGGUUGCCAGGGAGGGUGAGCACAGUGCCUCCUAGGGUAGUUAGGACACCUAGUUGCUAAACACUGUGCUGUAUUUUCUUAACCAGUUGUGUGGUGUGAGUAUCGGAAGUGAAACACUUUCUUGGGGAGUAAAAAAGCCUUCAAAAGGACAAAA